UCUUGUACUAUCGAUACCCCUUCCUUUCUAAAUAUACUAUUUUAUGACUCACGCUACCCCGGUUUCUGAACGUCAAUGUAUUCUGUAACCCAAACGGAGCUAGCGGGGUUUCGCCAAUUCCGUUGAUGUGGGGGCGUUCAUUAUAUAUAUACGUUCCUGUGAUUCAUCGCCAAAACUGAAAGACUUCGACAUCAGUCUCGACUCACUAUUUUAAAGGUUGACCCUCAAUCUGAAAAGUAUCUGACCAAUUGGGAUCAUGUCGCCAAUUAGAAAAGUUGCGAUCAUCGGGGCCGCCGGUAACUUCGGCGCGCCCAUCACGUCCGCGCUCGCGAACGCCGGGUUCACAGUGACUAUUAUCACGCGUCCGGGAUCUGCGUCGGUGUUUCCGGAGGAAUUGCCCGUGGUUCGCGUCGAGUAUGCCGAUGUGGAUGCGCUCGCGACUGCGCUCGCCGGUCAGGAUGCUGUGGUGUGUGUCGUUGGGCCCGGCGCGAUUGGUGCUGCUAAGGGCAUGGUGGAGGCUGCGGUGCGCGCUGGUGUGAAGCGGUAUAUCAUCAACGAUUUUGGCUGGGGCUUGAAUGAGCGCAGUCUCCCCGAGUUCAAACCCAUUGGCGAGCCGCGUAAGGCUGCCUGGGAGUGUGCUUUUGAGUAUGCGAAACGAGACGAGGGGAAAGAGGAUGGAUUUACCUGGACGGGCAUCACGAUUGGAAAUCCAAUCGACUGGGCACUCGCAAAAUUCCCGCGCAUGGGCUUUAACAUCGCUGAGCGUCGCGCGACGAUAUACGACGCCGGCACAGAGGAAUUCACGGGCACGACGCUCGAGGGCAUAGGACAAUCCGUUGUCGGCGUCUUCCAGCAUCCCGCCGAGACAGCCAACCGCUUCGUCAAGGUGCGCUCGAUCCAGACGUGUCAAAACGAGAUUCUCGCCGCGUUUCAAAAGGCAACGGAGGGGCAGCAGCGUGAAUGGGAAAUCGAGCGCUCAACCGCGCAACAGACGCUCGAGGAAGGACGUGGCAAGCACGCUCAGGGCCUCGGAGGCUGGAUCCUCGAUCUCCUCGUAUAUCAACUAUAUGCGCCAGGGGAGGCCCGCUGCGUCGUCGCGGGAGCAGAAGACAGCCUGCUUUUGCACAUCAGGCAGGAGAGCGCCGACGAAGUUGUGGAGAAGGCGCUCAUUCGGGCGAGAGCCUAAGCCGGCCACGUAUCUUACGGAGAGUCUGGACUUCUGAACCCGGCCGAACCGACGCAAACCUCAGUGACCCCCCUCAGCAAACAAAACA